UGGCUCUUGCACACAACUGGCCACGAGCACACAGCUAGUCUGGCUUCCACCUCUCCUGGACCUCCUGUCUGCCAGGGUGGAGCCCUCCUGACUCCUAUCUGCCUGGUCCUGACUCUAUGAAAAGGCCUGCACACACCUGUGCAAUCAGUCUCCUGGCCAUUCCCAAAACCUGGUCCCAGGAUUGGAGAUUUCAUCCCUCCCAGAUCUCUUUGAAAUCUCCAGGCUCCAGAUCCCAAAACAGACCUUACAAACAAAGGAGGAAAGUAAAAAAGCCACUUUCCUCCGUAUCAAUCACUUACCCUGGAGCCCCUCAACCUGCCUUGUUGAGAAUCCUGGGUGACAGAUUGCCACACUGUCACAGUUAUAAUAUUUUUUUA